UUUACCCUUUUUGGAAUUCUGUUUCUGAUUUUGAGGCCUUGGUGGUCACGUCAUUUUUUUGCGUGAGUCUAGUCUCUUUGAAAGAGCGCUACGUAGCCUACUCAACCCGAAGGCGUAACUACUGCUGCUGGAGCUACCACCGCUAGUUUCGAUCGGAUUGUCUCAACAGCGCACGCUGAACAACGCACUAAAAUACAAUGGACGGCAGGAGCUACGGAUCUGGUUACUCCAGUUGGGGAGGUGGUGGGUCAGGCAGCAGAGGUUCUGGUAGCUUUGACCUGUACGGGGGAGGUUAUAAAGACUCAAUGUCUGGGCUUGGGGGCUAUGGAGGAGGAGGCCACAUGAAGAGAGGCUUCUCAGGCACAUCCCUGCUAUCAUCCACAGGCACACAUGCAGAUGCAGUAAUUGCCAAGAUUAACCAGCGUCUGGACAUGCUCACUCAGUUGGAGGGGGGGAUGAAAGGAACUCGAGGUGACAGGUAUGACCACUACGAGUCAUUCGACUCGCGCGCCUCCGCGCUCACCUCCUCCCGAGAUCUCUACAGAUCUGGCGGCGGUAGCUAUGGUUAUGGCGAUGGCCGUGAUGACAACAUGCUGUUGAGUCAGCGAGGAGGCUCGGGCUUCGGAGGGGGAAUUGGGCUAGGGGGAGGAGGAGGCUUUGACAGCCCCUCCUCUUCCUAUGGAGUCGCUAAAAUGCGACAGAAUAUGAGGGAGUCCUUCAACAGUGGCCAGGGAGGAGGCUCUGGAGGUGCAGGAUGGCCUGGAGCAGGCCGACGUUCCCCCAGAAGGGGUGGAAGUGCCGGGGGUCGAGGAGCUGGAGGAGGGUUUGGAAGCCGCAGGUCUGACCCCACUCCAUUAGGAGGUGGGCGGGGAAGUGGCAGUGGUGGCCAGGGCCACCGCGGCCACUCUCCAGGAGGUGGUAGAGGCAAGCUCCCAUCCCUCCUGUCCAACCGCAUGUACCCUGAGAGUGGGGGCUUCCAUCAGGGUUCCACUCAAGGGCCUCACGACUUUCCUGGGAGGCAUUUUGGAGGGGGCCCACGGGCUGGCCGGCAGCGAGGCCGAAAGAGACCCCUCAACAAACAGGUGAAGCCACAACGUGACGUCCAGAAGAAGAGAAAGCAGACUCUUACUGCAGCUGAUGAGCCAGAGUCAAAGAUGAACAAGACUGAGAGUUCUGAGUCAGAAGCUACCCAAGAGCAAGCAGAGAAAUAUGGGGACGACAGUACACCAAAAACUGCAGAUCCAGAGACAAACCCAACUGCAGAUGGAGAUAAAGCUUCACCCAAACAGGAGGAGAAGAAAAGUCCACAGGGCAAACAGACUCCGACCCAAAGUCAGGACAAGCACCCAAAAAUGAGGAAGAGGAGGGGCUUCCUGGAAAGGGUGAUGUUUGCCUGCUCUGUGUGCAAGUUCCGUUCGUUCUACAAGGAGGAAAUGGAAGCUCAUCUUGACAGCCGCUUUCACAAGGACCACUUUAAGUUCCUUUCCAGCCAACUGUCCAAGCCCACUACAGAGUUCCUACAGGAGUAUUUGCAGAACAAGUUUCAGAAGACAGAUUAUAGGGUUAGCCAGUUGGAAAACCACAGUGCUGCCAUCUGCCAGGUGUACAAAGAGCAGGACCUCACCAGGGAUCUCGGUAUGGAACACUUCAUGAGGAAGGUGGAAGCCGCUCACUGUGCAGCAUGUGACCUUUUCAUUCCAAUGCAGCCACACCUGAUACAGAAACACAUCAAGUCACCUGACCAUAACUACAACCGGAAGGGUAUGAUGGAGCAGUCCAAAAGGGCCAGUCUGUCAGUUGCUCGUAGCAUCCUCAAUCACAAAGUCAUUGGCAAAAAGCUGGAGAGCUACCUCAAGGGUGAAAACCCGUUCACUGGUAACCAAGACGACCACGAUCCGGAAGACUCGAUGGUAAUGGACGUGUCUGAGAUGGAGUUAACAAACAACACAGCAGACAACCAGACAGAGGCAGGACCAGUCAAGGACGAGCCAGUGGCUGAGGAGGGGACGGACCAAAAGGCCGUCGAGGGGGGGGAAGCAGCAACAACAGCAGCAGCAGCAACAGCAGCAGCAGCAG